GGAGAGGGAGGCGGAGAGGAGGGAGGUGAUGGUGGGAGGAGGAAGGGAGGAGCGACCAACCCUCUCCAACACACCCAAGUGACCAGAUUCAUCAUAGCACGAAACUUCACAAGUUACACCCACUGCCUCUUCCAGCAGCUGGGGAAGGCUGCUGCUUCCUCAUUUCUGUUACUGGAAGUUUGAGAGAUGUGAAGCCAGACGGGAGAAACGUGCGCGCCUUGUUGAGCAGGGGUGGAGUCACUGUGGACUGAGGCCCACGUUUCUGCACUUGAAUCCCAGGAAGGAGGAAGAGAAGGCUGGUUGGUACCAUGGGGUAUGAUGCUCUGAAUCCUAGUCUCUCACCUAGGAUGUGAGCAGUCCCUGCAGAUGGCACAUUUGGAGGUCUUGACAAAGCUUCUUCUGUCUCCAAUGGGGUUUGUGGUGCAUUCUCACAGACUUAGAUGAAGCUGCCAUGGCCACCCCAGGGGGCAGGUGCUGACACCAUCCCCAGCCCAGUGGCUGCUCAUCCGGACAUCAUUUCCAUCCUCAAUAUCUAAAUGCCACAGUGCUCUUGGAGCAAGUUGGGCUGGGGACCACUGUUGCCUUUUAAGACCAUAAAACCAUGGGAAACGCAGAAAGUCAACAUGUAGAGCAUGAGUUUUAUGGAGAAAAGCAUGCCAGCCUGGGGCGCAAGCACACCUCCCGCUCCCUGCGCCUCUCGCACAAGACGCGGCGGACGAGGCAUGCUUCCUCGGGGAAGGCGAUCCACAGGAACUCUGAAGUGAGCACCCGAUCCAGCAGCACCCCCAGCAUCCCCCAAUCCCUGGCUGAAAAUGGCUUGGAGCCCUUCUCCCAAGAUGGUACCCUAGAGGACUUCGGGAACCCCAUCUGGGUGGACCGAGUAGACAUGGGCUUGAGACCUGUGUCUUACACCGACUCUUCUGUCACUCCCAGCGUAGACAGCAGCAUCGUCCUCACAGCAGCCUCUGUGCAGAGCAUGCCAGACUCUGAGGAGAGCAGGCUUUACGGGGAUGACGCUACGUAUUUGGCUGAGGGAGGCAGGAGGCAGCAUUCCUAUACAUCUAAUGGGCCCACUUUCAUGGAGAUGGCGAGCUUUAAGAAGAAACGCUCCAAAUCUGCAGACAUCUGGCGGGAGGACAGCCUGGAAUUCUCACUCUCUGAUCUGAGCCAAGAACAUUUAACAAGCAACGAAGAAAUCUUGGGUUCUGCUGAAGAGAAGGACUGUGAGGAGUCUCGGGGGAUGGAAACACGGGCGAGUCCGCGGCAGCUCAGCACCUGUCAGCGAGCCAACUCCUUGGGUGACUUGUAUGCUCAGAAAAACUCUGGAGUGACAGCAAACGGGGGGCCGGGGAGCAAAUUUGCAGGCUACUGUCGGAAUUUGGUGUCUGAUAUUCCCGAUCUUGCAAACCAUAAGAUGCCACCAGCUGCUGCUGAAGAGACUCCUCCGUACAGUAAUUAUAACACACUUCCCUGUAGGAAAUCUCACUGUCUCUCCGAAGGUGCCACCAACCCACAAAUUAGCCAUAGCAACAGCAUGCAAGGCAGAAGAGCUAAAACAACUCAGGAUGUUAAUGCAGGCGAGGGCAGUGAGUUCGCAGACAGUGGGAUUGAAGGGGCCACCACCGACACGGACCUCCUGUCCCGGCGAUCCAAUGCCACCAACUCCAGCUACUCACCCACCACCGGCCGGGCCUUUGUGGGCAGCGACAGUGGCAGCAGCUCCACCGGGGAUGCGGCUCGCCAGGGGGUGUAUGAGAACUUUCGGCGGGAGCUGGAGAUGAGCACCACCAACAGCGAGAGCCUGGAGGAGGCCGGCUCCGCCCACAGUGAUGAGCAGAGCAGCGGCACCCUGAGCUCCCCGGGCCAGUCGGACAUCCUGCUGACCGCCGCGCAGGGCACGGUGCGCAAGGCAGGUGCCCUGGCCGUCAAGAACUUCCUGGUACACAAGAAAAACAAGAAGGUGGAGUCAGCCACCCGGAGGAAGUGGAAGCACUACUGGGUGUCCCUGAAAGGAUGCACGCUAUUUUUCUACGAGAGCGACGGCAGGUCUGGGAUCGACCACAACAGCAUCCCCAAACACGCUGUCUGGGUGGAGAACAGCAUUGUGCAGGCAGUGCCCGAGCACCCCAAGAAGGACUUUGUCUUCUGCCUCAGCAAUUCCCUGGGCGAUGCCUUCCUUUUUCAGACCACUAGCCAGACGGAGCUUGAAAACUGGAUCACCGCCAUCCACUCUGCCUGCGCCACUGCGGUCGCGAGGCACCACCACAAGGAAGACACGCUUCGACUCCUGAAAUCAGAAAUCAAAAAACUGGAACAGAAGAUUGACAUGGAUGAAAAGAUGAAGAAAAUGGGCGAAAUGCAGCUGUCUUCAGUCACUGACUCAAAGAAGAAGAAAACGAUAUUAGAUCAGAUCUUUGUUUGGGAGCAAAAUCUCGAGCAGUUCCAAAUGGACCUCUUUCGUUUCCGCUGUUAUUUAGCCAGCCUUCAGGGUGGGGAGCUGCCAAACCCCAAAAGGCUUCUUGCUUUUGCAAGUCGACCAACGAAAGUGGCCAUGGGCCGCCUUGGAAUCUUUUCCGUAUCAUCUUUUCAUGCCCUGGUUGCAGCACGCACUGGCGAAACUGGAGUGAGAAGACGUACUCAGGCCAUGUCCAGAUCUGCAAGCAAGCGAAGGAGCAGGUUUUCUUCUCUUUGGGGUCUGGAUACUACCUCCAAAAAGAAGCAGGGACGCCCAAGCAUCAACCAGAGGGAGAAAGAAGUGGUCUUACCUAGCGUUCACCAGCACAACCCUGACUGUGACAUUUGGGUCCACGAGUAUUUCACUCCGUCCUGGUUCUGUCUGCCCAAUAAUCAGCCUGCCCUGACGGUUGUCCGGCCCGGGGACACUGCACGGGAUACCCUGGAGCUGAUUUGCAAGACACAUCAACUGGAUCAUUCUGCUCAUUACCUGCGCCUGAAAUUUUUAAUAGAAAACAAAAUGCAGCACUAUGUCCCACAGCCCGAGGAAGACAUCUAUGAGCUGCUAUACAAAGAAAUUGAAAUCUGUCCAAAAGUCACUCAGACCAUCCACAUUCAGAAGUCAGAUACAGCUGCUGAUACUUACGGGUUUUCACUUUCUUCUGUGGAAGAAGACGGUAUUCGAAGGCUGUACGUGAAUAGUGUGAAGGAAACCGGUUUAGCUUCCAAGAAAGGCUUGAAAGCAGGAGAUGAGAUUCUUGAGAUCAAUAAUCGUGCUGCUGGCGCCCUGAACUCAUCUAUGCUCAAAGAUUUCCUCUCACAGCCCUCGCUGGGCCUCCUGGUGAGGACCUACCCUGAGCUGGAGGAAGGAGUGGAGCUGCUGGAAAGCCCACCCCACCGAGUGGACGGCCCUGCGGACCUCGGCGAGAGCCCCCUCGCCUUUCUCACCAGCAACCCAGGGCACAGCCUCUGCAGUGAGCAGGGCAGCAGUGCUGAGACCGCGCCAGAGGAGACCGAGGGGCCAGACUUGGAAUCCUCAGAUGAGACUGAUCACAGCAGCAAGAGUACAGAACAGGUGGCCGCAUUUUGCCGCAGUUUGCAUGAGAUGAACCCCUCUGACCAGAGCCCAUCUCCUCAGGACUCCACGGGGCCUCAGCUGGCAACCAUGAGACAACUCUCUGACGCGGAUAAGCUGCGCAAGGUGAUCUGCGAGCUCCUGGAGACUGAGCGCACCUAUGUGAAGGACUUAAACUGUCUCAUGGAGAGAUACCUGAAGCCUCUUCAAAAAGAAACUUUUCUCACCCAAGAUGAGCUUGACGUGCUUUUUGGAAAUUUAACGGAAAUGGUAGAGUUUCAAGUAGAAUUCCUUAAAACUCUAGAAGAUGGCGUGAGACUGGUACCUGAUUUGGAGAAGCUUGAGAAGGUCGACCAGUUUAAGAAAGUGCUGUUCUCUCUGGGGGGAUCGUUCCUGUAUUAUGCUGACCGCUUCAAGCUCUACAGUGCCUUCUGCGCCAGCCACACAAAAGUUCCCAAGGUCCUGGUGAAAGCCAAGACAGACACAGCUUUCAAGGCAUUCUUGGAUGCCCAGAACCCAAAGCAGCAGCACUCGUCCACGCUCGAGUCGUACCUCAUCAAGCCCAUCCAGAGGAUCCUCAAGUACCCACUUCUGCUCAAGGAGCUGUUCGCCCUGACCGACGCCGAGAGCGAGGAGCACUACCACCUGGACGUGGCCAUCAAGACCAUGAACAAGGUGGCCAGUCACAUCAAUGAGAUGCAGAAAAUCCACGAAGAGUUUGGGGCUGUGUUUGACCAGCUGAUCGCUGAACAGACUGGUGAGAAAAAAGAGGUUGCCGAUCUGAGCAUGGGAGACCUGCUUUUGCACACCACCGUGAUCUGGCUGAACCCGCCGGCCUCGCUGGGGAAGUGGAAAAAGGAACCAGAAUUGGCAGCCUUUGUCUUCAAAACUGCUGUGGUCCUUGUGUAUAAAGAUGGUUCCAAACAGAAGAAGAAACUUGUAGGAUCGCACAGGCUUUCCAUUUAUGAGGACUGGGACCCUUUCCGAUUUCGACACAUGAUCCCCACGGAGGCACUGCAGGUUCGAGCUUUGGCGAGUGCAGAUGCAGAGGCAAAUGCCGUGUGUGAAAUCGUCCAUGUGAAAUCCGAGUCUGAAGGGAGGCCAGAGAGGGUCUUCCACUUGUGCUGCAGCUCCCCAGAGAGCCGAAAGGAUUUCCUGAAGGCUGUGCAUUCAGUCCUGCGUGAUAAGCACAGAAGACAGCUCCUCAAAACCGAGAGCCUGCCCUCAUCCCAGCAAUAUGUCCCUUUUGGAGGCAAAAGAUUGUGUGCACUGAAGGGGGCCAGGCCGGCCAUGAGCAGGGCAGUGUCUGCCCCAAGCAAGUCUCUUGGGAGGAGGAGGCGGCGGCUGGCUCGAAACAGGUUUACCAUUGAUUCUGAUGCCGUCUCCACAAGCAGCCCGGAGAAAGAGUCCCAGCAGCCCCCCGGUGGCGGGGACACUGACCGAUGGGUAGAGGAGCAGUUUGAUCUUGCUCAGUAUGAGGAGCAAGAUGACAUCAAGGAGACAGACAUCCUCAGUGACGAUGAUGAGUUCUGUGAGUCCGUGAAGGGCGCCUCAGUGGACAGAGACCUGCAGGAGCGGCUUCAGGCCGCCUCCAUCAGUCAGCGGGAAAGAGGCCGGAAAACCCUGGAUAGUCACGCGUCCCGCAUGGCACAGCUCAAGAAGCAAGCUGCCCUGUCAGGGAUCAAUGGAGGUCUGGAAAGUGCAAGUGAGGAAGUCAUUUGGGUUAGGCGCGAAGACUUUGCCCCCUCCCGGAAACUCAACACUGAGAUCUGACUGUGUGCCCUGCCCCGUAGAGAAUAUGUGUAGAUACUCCCUGCCCUAACUCUGCCCACCCUCCCGUACCGUCAACAAGAAUGUCCCCUUAGGUCGCGCUCUUGCACACACAGUUUUGGCAGCUGACUUGGUUGGUCCUGAAGCCAUGUAGCCACCCAACUUCGUCAUUUUCAACAACAACAUCGGAAGGAAUUGCUCAGAAUCCCAGAUAAGCUUGAAUCCUAUCUUCUGUAUAGUUACCAAGGGCUUUUAUUUAUUCUCAAUGAAUCAGGGCCUGAACAAUUAAAAGAAAAAAGAUUCCAUAGCGCUGGAAAGCAAUCACCCCCAGGAGUUGACAUAUGUAUGACAGAUUAAUUUAAGAGAUAGUAGCACACACACGAUCCUUCUAUCUGAAAUCGGUCUCCUAGUCGGGGAAACCACUUUCAAACACAAAAUGAAACGAAACGUGUACAGCUCGCAGUGUUCUGACUGUACCCUUCCCUCUUCCAUGUCUGAGAAUCUCUGUGUAUUUUAAGAAUGUGUGAGGAGAGGGUGGCGAUUCAUGUUUCAAUGAGCCUUUUUUUUUUCCUUCCUGUUUUGGUCUAUGGCUGGUCUCACUGUAUGUCCAUGUUCGGAAGCUCUAGUUUUGCAUAGAAUUAUAGAGAUGCCAAACUCUUUGGAAAGAGAUCCAAAUUUAUCACUUGAGAGAAAGAAAAGAAACACUAUUUUUUGUAUUUUACCUGAGAUACAGGGGCACAAAUAGAUGAGAAUUUUACAGUGUUAGUGUAACCCUGAGCCUAAAAAAUGAGGAUAUAACCUUUUACAGAGAGAGUGAGGCGUGGUGGAUUUAUAUUUAUAUAUGAAAGGCCCACAAGCUCAUGCUAAGGAUACACUUUUUUUUUUUUUCCAAGAAGCAGAUUUUUUUUUUUUUUUUUUUUAGUGUUUGAAUCUAUAUUUGAGACGGGAGUUUGGUUGGAUUAAACAUGACACCCAAGUGGGCAGUGUGUGUGUCUGUUGCACAUGGCAGGGAGGGGAGCCUCCUUCUCAUGGGGUUGCCGUGGUGAUCAUUGGUUUUUUCCAUCAAAAUUGCAUCUUCAUCCAUAGAUUACCUUCCCCUUCCCUGACAGUCCAUAACCAAACCUUUUAACAGAAAACCUCUUUAAAAACAUCUCUUGUGUUGAACACAUUCUUCUUGCCAACAAAACAGGGUAAACACGCUCAAAACGUUAACGGUCUAAACACAUAUCCAAAUACCAAGAAGAAAAACAAGUUAUAGCACUUUCGAUUUUUUUUUUUUAAGGUUUAUAGCUUUUUCUUUUCCCAUGUCACAAUGUCCACUUCCUAAGAAGGGUUUAAAUACUAUGAAAACUUUCUUUUUGGGGAAAAUAUCUAUUUGGUGUUUGACACAUCAGUAGGUACUUUAAAAACCUGAAUUUUAUAGUAGCUUUAGGAGUUAUAUUUUAUAAAAAUCAGUUAUGACUUUAUAUUUCCAGACAAUAGAGAGUUCAGAACAUCACGCUCUUGUGCCUCUGCCUGCUUUUCCCGCUUUCCCACCCCGUAUUCCCCCCGCCUUUCGGGUUUCCAGGGCUUUGAGCUUGAUCUUUUGAAAGUUUUAUUCUAUUAAAUUUUUGCUAUAUCUUCUGGUUUUCUUAAAAAGCUUUAGAAUGGUUUCUAUACCCUUUGUAUCACUGCAUUUUUCCAUAUCAUCUCCGGUUGGAUUGCGUCCAGAUGGAAAACGGAAGCAGAGGCUUCUAAUCGUCGCAUUUACUGGUCCCAGUGCAACACAUCCAUCUUAAAACACUCGGAAGUCUGGUGCUUGGAGAGGGUGCCAUUGUCUCUUGUACAUAAGGUCAUGACGUGUCUAUGUCAAAAGUUCUUAUAUAUUUCUUUUAUAAGCUGAAAGAAGGUCUAUUUUUAUGUUUUUAGGUCUAUGAAUGGAACGUUGUAAAUGCUUGUCAAACAAUAAAAAUAAUGAAAAGU